AUGAAGCUACAAUGGCACCUCAGCUUCGCCUCAAUGUGCUUGUAUGUGUGGGGUGGGAUAUUUCAGCUGGAUCACCGCAAUGAAAAGUGGAAUAAUUGCGAAGGGCACUUUUACAAGGGAUGGACCCAUCUUCGACUGCUUCUUAAAAAAGCUUCAGUGGACUUCUGUUGUAGAUGUAAUGAAGAGAAAUGUAUUUCCAUUGCUAUUUUUCCAACUUUAAAACAUGUGCCAGUUUUUUGGGCAUAUAAAAUAAGACAUACUGGAGUCCCUGAUUUGUCAGAGCAUGAUCUCUUGAAGAAUAUCACAACUUGGUAUAUAUCACCAUCGGCUGUUGAGGAUAUGCUCAGAGGAAAGUUGCAUUCACUCCCUCCUCAAGUGACCUCAAGACCCUCCCCAUCAACAACACAUAUUUUAAGUGGUGUUUUUCAUCUCAAUGUGAAAUACAUUCACGAAGAGGGAAACUGGCACAACACGGGCUACAUUCGCUGGACCACGUAUCAUCACACAAAUGUGAAGGGGCUUAGUUUUGAAGGAGCUCUUGUCCAAAACAGUCAGGAGAAAUGUAAGUGGAAAUGGCUGAAGGUGAAGCAACUUGUCAGGAUUCUUUCUAAAGUAUUUUUGGCCAACCCCAUGCAAACCUUCUUCAAUCAUCAAAUCGCAGGACCUUUAAACCUGAACAGCUUAGAUGAAAUUCCAGACAGCUUUUCCGUAGGGGAAAAGAUAGAGGACCUCCUAGACACCCCAAUGCCAUGUGUGACGACAACAACAAUGCAAGUCAAAGAAGCAAAACGUGACUUUUCCAAAGUCACAACAAGCAGCAAACGCCCCCUAACUUCAGAUAUGAUUGCAGGCCUGUGCUCUGUGCUCAUUCACCGUACUAGCACUGGUUUGAAGAGAUGCCUUAAGAGGAUGAUAUUAGAAAAAGAAAACUACACCACAUCUUCAACGCUCUCAUAUUUCUCUGCUAGCAACAAACCACGUAAUGCCAGAUCAGAACUCCAAAAACAGAGCCCUCUUCAACUAAAUGAAAUCAUUAAUCACAGUAAAUAUACUACACAAAAGUUACACAACAGUGAACUCAGUGCAGAGGAAAAUUAUAAUUUAUACUACUUUAACGGCAAAAUGAAACGUACAAUGAACCACUUUGGACAUGGAGUAUGA